AUGACAAAGUUACAUGGUAUGCGAUGGAUGACAGAGGAACAAAUUGAUGAAUUAAUGAAUUCAUUUCGAACUUCAUUUUGGAUUGAUGAACAUCGGUGGUUUGUUCGAUGCAUAAGUAACGAAGAUUGUGUUUCUUUUGAGACUGUGUCGAACGCAUUUCAUUAUACUGAUAAAAAGCUUCCUGGUGUGUUCAGAUCAACAGAUUCACAAGACAAUAUUGAAAGACUUUAUACUACUAUAGAUCGUAUCUCGGAUGUGACACUUUUCAAUCAACCAAUUUCGUCGAAGAUUUAUUUUCCAAAACUUCAUUCUCUUUCAGUAAAAUGUCCGAUCAAUGAUCAAUACUGGUCGAUGAUUUCAAAUUUACAUGACGUCUCAUCACUUUCAUUAGAUUUCACUACUGAUUUUUCACAAUCUAAACUGCAAGCUUUACUCAAUCGAAUGCCUCAUCUUCGUACAUUGACUAUUCAUCAAAAAUCAUUAUUACCUUUGCCAAUGUCAUUAUUUAAUUGUACAUUUCCAUCAUCAAUUUAUUGUUUGGAUUUCGAAAAUUGUGAACAUUAUUUCAAUGAAAAAGAUUGUAUUAGAUUAACUCGUUCUUCCUUGGCGAGUCAUUGUGAACGACUUGACAUUCCAGUCAAGAAUCUUCAAAGUAUUAUAAUUCUUGUAUGUAACAUGAACAAUCUCUGUGCAUUACGUGCUAGUUUUCCAGAUGAACAAACCUAUGAAAAUAGGCCUUCAAGAAUAUGUAAUGACGAUGAAGAUAUUCAAUGGUUGAUUGAACAUUUACCAUCAACUUGUGCAAUAAGUAGAGAUCCAUCUUGUUUUAAUGAUAUUCGAAUAUGGAUUAAAUAA